AUGCUCACCUUUGAUGGACUUGUCCAAGACAUCAUCCAGAGGCGAGGCAGGCUCGGUACAAAGGAGGGCAGUGAAUCUGCACGGGAGUACCAGGAGGCCUGGUCAGCCUAUGCGGCAUACGUCAGGUCAUGCCUUGAGCAGAGGCGAGGGCUGCAGCUUAGCAGCUUUUGCAAGCUGGGCUGGGCCCAGCAGAAAAAGCUAGGCAAGACGACGUAUCGACCGUAUUCGCAGUUCUCCGAUUCGUUCAACCGUGCCUACGUGUCCGAGUCGCGCAAAACCCCCGCAAAUGACUUGUGUCCCUUUGAAGACUUCAACUUCAGCAAGGCUGCCUUGAAGUUCUCAAACCUGACCAAGGACCAGGUUUUUACUAUGCUCCGAGCGCUGGUUCAGCGUAUUGGCGAGAGCGUCGCCGAUGGUAGGGAGCUGGACCUGGCUUUUGGCGACGUCGGUAGGUUCAUGAGCAAAGAUCGAGAGCUUCGAUUCCUGUUCGCCCAAGAGUUCUACAGACAGGAGGGUCUCACCGCGCCUUCACAAGGAGGUCAGGGUGGCUCUGCCCCCAGCUUCCGCAAGGAGAUCUCCGCGGAGGCUGCGAGCUUGGGCGUGCACGCCAGCUCAGGCGUGCAAGACCGAACGGUGGACGACCAGCCCACGAUGAUGAUGCACCUUGGUUGCAAGCUCUUGCAUUUAUGCCACCAGAUCCUUGACACGUCGAUGGAAGGGUCGGAUGUGCAAGGUUUCGAUGGUGGCGCGCAGAGGGCAAUGCCAACGGUUGAUCCUCAACACCUGCAAAAGUCAGAAAGUACACCCGGACUUACGGGCACACAGUUCAAGAAAGAGAUUGCCUUCAAAGAAGCAAUGGACAGGCACAUUGCUGCCAUGGAGGCUCAUGCUGUUGAAGCGGUGGCGGAGAAGGAGGCAUGGGACAGCCAUGUCAGCGAGUGCUUACUGCAAGAACGAGAGGAGAUCCAAGCGCGCAAAGAAAGGAACAAUAUGAACCUGCAGUUCCUGAAGCAUCAGAUGGCACUGGGUGAACACAAGCGAAAAGAGCAGAGGAAGGACGACAUCGAAGCGGCGUCAGCGCACGACUUUCCAUCCUUCUCAGAAGUCCAUCCCAAUGAGAUGAAAGAUUUCAUCAAAGGGCAGCAGGCAAAGGUGCGACAAGCUCUGGACGAGCAGGUUAGGACGAACAACACCCUUCGAAACCUCGCGAAGCAGAAGGAUCUGGCUUUGGAGUUAAACCAGCUUCAGGCGAAUCGCGAGGAGCUAGCAAUGCUGCGCGAUGCAGAGCGCGCAAAAAAAGCUUAUGACAAGGAGGCACUGGCAACGGCGUGGAAUGCCGACAUACGAAUGAAAAAUAUCUGGAAGGCGAUCGACAACCAUAGCAAGGUUGCCACAAAGACAGCCUCCCAGGUGUCGCUUAACGAUGCUUUGCCACCUUCCAGAGCUGGCUCGACCGUCUCUGCGGGCCGACUGAUGACAGGUUCACAGCGGCGAACUCCCUUGGGAUGUUCCACAUCCCUCAGCCAACUGGAGGCUCAUGGACUGAUAGGUUUGGAUAGCUGCCUGCUUCUUUCAUUGAUCGAUUGUUAUUUGCGGGUGUUGAGUUCCACCAGAACAGCUUCCGUGAACUCCACAGCCGGAUAG